AGAAAGCCACGGUUUGCAAAACAAAAGAGAGACUAAAAUAGACUUUUACUCGCCCCGAACUUUGUUCCAAUCGGAAAGCCUCUCCCCUUUUCUCUCUGUAAUUCUCAAUCUGCACCGCCUAAUCAUGGCGCCACUCUACCGCUUUGCCGGAGCGAGGGCGGCGGCGACGACCUUCUCUUCCUCCAUGUUUUGCCGUUAUGCUCUGUUGAAAGCCUUUUCUUCUUCUUCUUCUUCUUCUUCUUCUUUGAAGUCUGAAGUAGACCUCAAAUCGUCGAUGCUGAGUGGGAACUCUGCACCUUCGCGUGGUGAUCGUCCCACGGAUAGGAAUGUGAAGUGGGUUUUUUUGGGGUGUCCUGGGGUUGGGAAAGGAACUUAUGCGUCUCGGCUCUCCAGUUUGCUUGGUGUUCCUCAUAUCGCCACCGGUGAUCUCGUCCGUGAGGAGCUCUCUUCCUCUGGUCCUCUCGCUUCUCAGCUUGCAGAGAUUGUUAGACAAGGAAAAUUGGUUUCAGAUGAAAUCAUAUUUGAUUUAUUAUCCAAACGUCUUAAAACUGGUGAAGCUAAGGGUGAAUCUGGGUUCCUUCUUGAUGGCUUCCCUCGAACUAUUAGACAAGCGGAAAUAAUGGAGGGGGUGACUGAUAUUGAUUUGGUGAUUAAUCUAAAGCUGCGAGAAGAAGCACUGCUCGCGAAAUGCCUUGGUAGGAGAAUAUGCAGUGAGUGUGGAGGAAAUUAUAACGUUUCCUGUAUCGACAUCAAGGAUAAGGAAGGCAGACCUGAAUUAUAUAUGGCUCCCCUUCUUCCUCCUCCUAACUGUGCAUCUAAACUUAUCACACGAUCAGAUGAUACUGAAGAAGUUGUUAAGGAACGUCUCCGAAUAUAUAAAGAAACGACCCAACCUGUCGAGGAGUACUACCGUAGACGCGGGAAGCUAUUAGAGUUUGAACUUCCAGGAGGAAUUCCGGAAUCCUGGCCGAAGUUGCUUCAGGCACUUAACCUGGAGGACCUCAACCACAAACAAUCAGCUGCAGCCUGAAAUAUUGCAGUGUAUUGUGUGGUAAGUCAAUAUAUCAAAUAUAUUCUUUGCAUUUGAAAACAAGUGCAUAUUCUUAUUGCUUUUUAUUAGCACAAGUUGGAGUAAAUAAAAUGGUCAGAAUUGGGAAGUGGGGAAACUCUUGUACUUCUGAUAGAGUAGUUUUGCUUACAAGUUAGAACUUAGAAAUGUGGGCAACGAUUGUGAUUGUGCUUCAGAGGCACAAGUCAAUCUGAGCCAUUUAUAGCAGCUAAAGUAGCUCCAGGAUGUAUUCUCUUUCAUUGAUAUUUCGAUAUUGUAUUGAAAUCAAUGUAAAAUGAUUAAAGUUGUAGUUUAAAUAUGAUUUUGAUUCCCAA